CUAACCUACAAAGCAAUAAAAAAUUGAAAACUUGUCGCUUUAAGGCAUUUUGUGUGAAAAUAAUGGGCUUAUUAUCAGAAAUAUCAUUAGAAUAAGCGAGUUAGAAUGGAGGGCGAGCAGGAUAAAGCAUCGUUUUGGAAGAAAAACACAAAAACUGUGCCUGGAAGACCGAGCCCUAAAAGAGAUGUUAAGAGUAUUGCCAAGGGUAAACCAGCUGGGGCCACGUCUUUUCAAGACUUUCAGGCUUCUGUAAGCGAUGCCUGGGACAUGGACGAUGAUGAUAUAUGUGUCAUAUCGGGACUGGAAAAUGCUAAAAUAUCGAAGAAAGUGUCACAGUCUGCCGCUUUAAACGUUUUGAAUACUCAUAGGAACACAACGACUGAAGAAAAUACUUGUAGCGAUACGAGUAGGAAAGCGCAAGUGAUUCAGGAAGUUGAGCAAGUUAGAAGUAGGAUACCUGGUAGGCCGCAGCAAUUAUUGAACCUGAACCCUCCGCAAGAAGAAGACACGCAGAUAAAGCUGGGCAGAUUUGAGGAGUUGCUGGUCAACUCUCCCACCUUACAAGACUUAUGUAAACUGAGUUGGUCCGGUAUACCCGUCAAGGUGCGAGCCAUAACAUGGCGAUUGCUGUCGGGAUACCUGCCGAUAAAUCUGGAGCGCAGGAAUGGUGUGUUGGAGCGGAAACGGCAGGAUUACUGGACUUUCGUGGACAAGUAUUAUUAUACCGAUCACGACGAGACCAACCGUGAUAUACAACAUCAAAUAAACAUCGAUGUGCCAAGAAUGAACCCUUCGAUACCGUUAUUUCAACAAAAGACUGUCCAAAUCAUGUUCGAAAGGAUUCUUUUCAUAUGGUCCAUUCGUCACCCCGCCUCCGGUUACGUGCAAGGCAUAAACGACUUGGUCACUCCAUUCUACGUAGUUUUUCUGCAAGAAUAUUUAUCCGACAACCAGCCUUUCGAAACCUUCCAAGUAGACGCGCUGGAUAAAGGGAAGCUGAACAUAAUCGAAGCCGACUCAUUUUGGUGCCUGACGAAAUUUUUGGACAGCAUCCAGGACAACUACGUGUUCGCGCAAAUCGGCAUACAAAAGAAGGUCUUGCAGCUGGAGGAGUUGAUUAAGAGGGUCGAUGAGACCUUACACAGACAUUUAAAGCAGCACAACGUCAGUUAUCUGCAAUUUUCGUUUCGUUGGCUGAACAAUUUGUUGACUCGCGAGCUUCCUCUCAGGUGCACCAUCAGACUGUGGGACACUUACCUAGCGGAAAACGAUUGUUUCGCCACGUUUCAGUUGUACGUGUGCGCGGCUUUUCUGCUGUUUUGGAAGGAGGAUUUGAUGCGCGAAAGGGAUUUUCAGGGGCUUUUGAUGCUGCUGCAAAAUCUGCCCACCCAGCAUUGGUCCAGCUCCCAAAUCAGCCUACUGGUAGCCGAGGCCUACAAACUGAAAGUUAUGUUUGCCGAUUCCCCGAACCAUCUGUUGAGUAACGCUGGUGAUAGUUGAGUUUUUUUGUUGAUGUACAUAAUGACUUCAAAUAUUUUUAUAUUAGCAUCUAAUGUGAUUUGAAAAGUUUUUAAAAUAUCACUUGUUAUACUGGAGUACAAAUGAUAUAAAAUUAUUGAAGGUCCCUUGAAUAUGACAAAUUUAAGUAUUUAAUAUUGAAAAUUAUCCAGUGAUCAUCCACAAGAUUAUUAUAUAAAUAAAUUUAAUGUAGAUUUGUUACUGAUUUAUA